UUUUCCUUCUUUCGGCGAACUAGUGCCCAAUCGAUGGGUCGUUUUGGAUAUGGACCGCCGGGAUUUUUUUUGUUCCUGUGUACCCUGAUGAGAUGAGUUUGUAUGUGAUUGGCGGGUGUAAAUGCCCGGUUUUAGGCAGGCGGCUAUAGGGCAGCACGCGGAGUCUAACAGGACCCCUGCCGUGCGAUGGUCGGAAUUUGAUGUUUCUAGUCAAGCAAUUGAUAAGGAUGUCUAGUGAUCGUGCUUUGUUAAACAGGUUGGAGCAGAGAGCUGCUGAGGCUGACCAAGUUAUUGAGUACCUGAAACAACAGGUCGCUUUACUUAAGGAGAAAGCAAUCCUGCAGGCUUCCCAAAGGGAAGAAAAGAGACUUCGGGUUGAAAAUGCAAAACUGAAGAAAGAAAUUGAGGAUUUAAAACAAAAUCUCAUUGAAGCAGAAAUCCGUAAUGGAGUUAAACGAGUUCCACUUCCAACAGCAGCUACAGUUCAGUCCUGUUCUGCAGCAUCUAAGUCUCCAACAACUGCACUGGCUACUCCAACUGCAGCUGAACAAACACCAGAAGUGAAUGAAAACAAGAAAAAGAAAGAUAAACCGGAUAAGAAGCCAGACAAGAAAGGGGAGAAGAAACAGACAACUGGAGGUGGCGAUGAUUCCAAACCAAUUGACAUUUCUCGUUUAGACCUACGUAUUGGACGUAUCAUCACUGCCAAAAAGCACCCUGAUGCUGACUCCCUCUUUGUGGAAGAGGUUGAUGUUGGAGAAGAAAACCCAAGAACUGUUGUCAGUGGACUGGUGAACCACGUGCCAGUAGAGGAGAUGCAGAAUCGACUGGCCGUCAUGCUAUGCAACCUUAAACCAGCUAAGAUGCGGGGAGUUGUCUCACAGGCUAUGGUGAUGUGUGCAAGUUCACCAGAGAAAGUUGAAAUCUUAGACCCACCAAGUGAUGCUGUUCCUGGUGAUAGAGUAACCUUUGAGGGCUACCCUGGUGACCCUGACAAAGAGCUAAAUCCAAAGAAGAAAGUAUGGGAUCAGAUUCAGCCUAACCUCGGCACAAAUGAAGAGUGUGUUGCUACAUACAAAGGGACACCAUUUGAAGUGAAAGGAAAGGGAGUUUGCAAGGCCCAGACAAUGGCCAAUAGUGGAAUCAAAUAACUUUUAUGUCUGUGCAGUGGCAAUGAAGGUGGAACGUUGCAAAAUUCACAAUAAAUACUUGAACGCAUUAAGUGAAAUGAUAUAUUCACUUUUUUGUCUGUGUGUGUAUUGUGGUUGUACAGGAAGAUAUGUAUUUGCACAAUGAGACUUAAUUUGCAUACCCCAGUCUAAUUAUAACAGAAGUAUUCAGUAAUGUAAUCGUGAAAUCUAUUUGGAAUUGACUUUCUUCAGUGAGAAAUGCAUGAUGUAAUAGAUUCAGUACACUUUGUCAUCUGUGUUUAAAAGUCUGUAUGUGCUCCAGUUCUACAGGAAAUCAUUUUACUAAUUCAGGUGCAGAAAAUUACAUUAAGGACCCAUUGGCCAUCACUCUGUCACGUUAGUGUGAAAGAGCAACUUCCAUGUAUAACGAGAACUCAACUGCAUUGUUGCUGCCAGUACUUUGAAAAAUUGGCUACCCAUGUUUUUAUUGCAGAAUUGAAUCGAUUAUUAAUAGUCAUGUGGCUGUGUGCAAAGUAAGUGUAAACUAAGCUUGCAGAAUAUUUUAGAAUCCAAAUGCAGUCAAAAUGAUUCAGUAUUGCCAUUGUUCCCUUUGCUGUUUUGAGUAUUAUUUUAAAAAAUAAUGCUAACUAAUUUAUGAUGUCUGAUCAUCUAGACCAGUCAACAUUAAAUUAAGAAAAUUAAUUCAUUACAAAUUAAACUAACGUUUGGUAUUGUCAGCACAGUUUUUAACCCUUCCUUUUUUUUUCCCCCCUCUUCCAACCUCCCAUCCACAGCCACCACCACCAAAUACAAAACAUACAUUCUGUUCCGACUCGAGCAGUAUUGACCUGCUAUACACAACACCUUGGAGCUUGAAAGGAGACAUUCUUAUAAUUGUAGGUGCCACUAAAAUCGCCAGGAUAAUUGAAUUUGCUAACAAGUGAUGCAGAAUCAAAGCUUUUCCUCCUGCACUUUUCAGAACUUGGACAUGAAACGUAGUCAAAAAGGGAGCAUUAAUUUAUGCUGCAUGAGAAGAGUUUGCCUAUUUGUUGGGCCACAGUGUCAUGUUGUAAUGUGGGAAAGAUUGUGUUAAAUUUUAGAUGAAAAAACUCAGACUAGGCUGGUAAACAUUCUUUUUUAAAAAAGGGUACUUAACUGUGACAGUCUGGAAAGUUAAGAUAGAAUAUGGAACGAUUGUUAAAUACUCUUAGAUAUAUUUAUCAAUGAUAUAUUGGAUAUGCAAAUAGUAUGACAGGUCAGCACAACAUCAAAGGCUGAAGGGCCUGUACUGUGCUGUAAUGUUCUAUGUUAAAUAGAAUCACACUUUUGUUUUUGGAAAAAUGAACAAAGCUUGUAGGGGCCUAAGUUUUAUAAAUACGCAAUAGUAAAAGGGUAAAGCUGA